GGUCGCUACGAUCCCGGCGUUCCUUGCGUGCCGCCACCGGGAUGGCGGCGCCCAUGCUGCGGCUUUUUUUUAGGGGCUGGUGGUCUCGUGCCCCAACCCCGUCAGGAGUCUUGCCCCUGGGGAGCCGUAAGGCUCACUCGCGUGCUCAGGGGCUACUGGCGGCGCAGAAGGCUCGGGGUCUGUUCAAGGAUUUCUUCCCGGAGACGGGUACGAAGUUAGAGCUCCCGGAGCUCUUCGACCGGGGCUCGGCGGGCAGCUUUCCCCAAACCAUUUACUGCGGCUUCGAUCCCACAGCUGACUCGCUUCAUGUGGGGCAUCUGCUGGCGCUGCUGGGCCUGUUUCAUUUCCAGCGAGCGGGCCACAACGCGAUCGCGCUGGUGGGAAGCGCCACGGCGCGCCUGGGAGACCCGAGCGGCCGCACCAAGGAGCGCGAGGCGCUGGACGCGGAGCGCGUGCUGGCUAACGCGCGCGCCCUGCGCCGAGGGCUCGAGGCCCUGGCGGCUAAUCACCAGGAGCUCUUCAAUGAUGGGCGUCCCUGGGGCAGCUUCACCGUGCUGGACAACGCAGCCUGGUACCAGAAGCAGCAGCUGGUGAAUUUCCUGGCGACAGUGGGCGGUCACUUUCGCAUGGGCACGCUGCUGAGCCGGCUGAGCGUGCAGGCGCGGCUCAAGAGCCCCGAGGGCAUGAGCCUGACCGAGUUCUUUUACCAGGUGCUCCAGGCCUAUGACUUCUAUCACCUGUUUCAGCGUUAUGGAUGCAGGGUCCAGCUGGGAGGAUCUGAUCAGUUGGGCAACAUCAUGUCCGGAUAUGAGUUCAUCCACAAGUUGACUGGAGAAGAUGUAUUUGGAAUCACUGUCCCUCUAAUUACAAGUACAACUGGAGCAAAGCUGGGAAAGUCCGCUGGCAAUGCUGUUUGGCUAAACAGAGAUAAGACAUCUCCAUUUGAAUUGUAUCAAUUCUUCGUCAGGCAGCAAGAUGAUUCAGUGGAAAGGUACCUGAAGCUCUUCACUUUUCUGCCCCUUCCAGAGAUUGACCACAUUAUGCAGCUGCACCUCAAAGAGCCAGAAAAGCGGGGUCCUCAGAAACGACUUGCCGCAGAAGUAACAAAGCUUGUUCAUGGACGAGAAGGACUGGAUUCUGCUAAAAGGUGUACACAAGCCCUUUAUCACAGUAGCAUAGAUGCACUGGAGGUCAUGUCUGAUCAAGAGUUAAAAGAGUUGUUUAAAGAAGCUUCAUUUUCUGAAUUAGUUCUCGACCCUGGAACAAGCGUCCUAGAUACAUGUCGCAAAGCAAAUGCCAUUCCAGAUGGUCCCCGAGGGUAUCGAAUGAUAACAGAAGGUGGAGUCAGUAUAAAUCACAGACAAGUAACAAAUCCUGAGAGUGUGUUAGUUGUCGGACAACAUAUUCUCAAAAAUGGACUUUCUUUACUUAAAAUAGGAAAAAGGAAUUUUUACGUUAUAAAAUGGCUUCAGUUAUGAUGAAAAAUCCUCUGGUUGUUCAAACAAACUUAUCCAUCAUUCAUUCUCAAGACAUGAAAGGUUGGCUCCAGAACUUACACCUUCGCUUAUGCAAAUCAGAAAAACAGUGGAGUAUACACUGUGCCUCAAGUGUGAGUAAUUUCAUUAUUUUUAUGGGUUGGUUAAUAAAUAAGGUGUCUGUUUA